AUGUCGAAGAGAGCCCAAAAAUCCAAAGCUAAACCGAAAAACACGGGUUUGAAGCAUCAGUUUGAGGUCGAGACCGAGAAACAUAAAAAUGAAUCCAAAGAAAAGCUCGUAACCAUCAAAUCUGAAUAUCUGAAAUAUGUUGAUAAACAAUUGGAUGAAAUCUAUUAUAAAAUUGUGUCUGAGACAUGGAGGCGCAAAAACUUCUUGGAAUUCAUGGAGAGUGGGCAGUACAAAGUCAAGCAAGAGGUUGAGAUAAAAUCGGAGCCUGUUAGAAAAUCAGAAUUAGUAGCUAAUGAUGAGCCACCAACACCUGUACCACCAGCACCCAUGGAUUGUACUACUGUAUGUCGACCGAAUUCUCCUAUCAAUACAAUCCUUCGUGGAAAACAGUUAACGGUAUUUACUCCUGCUGGAAGAUCAGUCAGAGUUCCAUCAGUGCUUCAGCUCAAAAAUGGGAUAGAAAACGUUCCUGCAACUCAGUAUCGUCCUUCCAAAUACGAUGAAAUUUUGUUCUCUGUGAAUGGAUCGCCAGUUACAGCAACAACUCCACCAGUACUUAAGCUAAUGCAAGCGGAUCCAGAUGAUUUAUCUCCUGUAUCAAGACAAAUCACGAACAAUAUUAAACUACUAAUGUCAAGAAAGAAUAUACGAACGACAAUCGACGAACCUAAUAACCAUAACAACGAGAUCGACUGA